UCUUCACUGUGUUUAACCCAAGCUUCGUUGGUAAUUAAGUGCCGGAAUGCCCAAAAGAAAGGCGAAGGCCGAGGACUCCGAGGAUCUGCAGUCGUUCCUCAACAAUUUCCACAAGGAAACCGAGGGCAGCGGCGAUGACAAGGUGGUGCACACGAUUCUAAAGGCCAUUAGCGCAGAGGAUGAGGAUGAGGAAUUGCAGGAGGAGGAGGAGGCUCCUGGGUCGGAACAGGAGGAGGAGCAGGAAGAGGACGACGACGACGACGACAAGUACUUCAUAGAUGACGAGGGCAAUUGCUACAUCAAGACGACGCCCAAGAAGCAAAAGGAGCUGCAAAAGAAGCUACAAAAAGCGGCUGCGAAGCCCGGAAAAGCCACACGAUCGGUGGUGAGCAAGGCCACCAAUAAAUCCAUCAAUCUGCGCCCAGCCAAGUCGCCACCAAAAGCCGCCACAACGAAGCAGCCACCGGAACCCAAGACCAUCAGCGUUCGUUCUACAAGAGCAGCAUCUGUGGUUAAGCCGAAGGAGCUACCACCUCCACCUGCUCCCGCUCCCAAAGUUCCCGCCACCAGGGGCAGGCCGAGAAAGAACCCCAUUGCCCCAAAACCCGAACCCAUGGAUUUGGAGCGUGAGAUCGAGGAGCUGGUGGAUGAGCCCGAUCUCGGUUCGGUCAUCACCGAUUUAUCCGACUAUGCAGUGGACUCUGCCGACGUGGAGGCAGCCUCAUCCGUGCUGGAGGCCAACGAGAAUGAGGUCUACGAGUUCGAGGAAGGAGUAGAAGGAGCAGCAACGGAGGAGGAGGACAAGAAGGACCUAGACUUUGUGGUCAGCGGCAAAGAAGUAAAGCUAAAGCCAAGUUCUGCCAACCAAGCGGGACAAAAGUACGUAUGCCCGCACUGCCCGUACACGGCCAACAAGAAGUUCUUGAUGUCGCGCCAUUGCCGGAGUCACGACUACGAGCCGGCCUUCAAGUGCCACAUCUGCGAGCGAUCCUUCCGCUCGAAUGUGGGUCUGCAGAACCAUUUGAACACGCACAUGGGCAAGAAGCCGCACAAAUGCAAGUCCUGCGAGAGCGCCUUCACCACCAGCGGCGAGCUGAUACGGCACACGCGCUACAAGCACACCAAGGAGAAGCCGCACAAGUGCACGGAGUGCAGCUACGCCAGCGUGGAGCUGACCAAGCUGCGUCGCCACAUGACCUGCCACACGGGCGAGCGACCGUAUCAGUGUCCGCACUGUACGUACGCCUCGCAGGACAUGUUCAAGCUGAAGCGGCAUCUGGUGAUCCAUACGGGCGAGAAGAAGUACCAGUGCGACAUCUGCAAGUCGCGCUUCACGCAGUCCAACUCGCUGAAGGCCCACAAGCUCAUCCACAGCGUGGUGGACAAGCCCGUCUUUCAGUGCACCUUGUGUCCGACGACGUGCGGCCGAAAGGCCGACCUCCGCAUCCACAUCAAGCACAUGCACACCUCCGAUCAGCCCAUCACUUGCCGGCGUUGCGGCCAACAGUUGCCCGAUCGCUAUCAGUACAAGUUGCACGUGAAAUCGCACGAGGGCGAGAAGUGCUACCGCUGCAAGCUGUGCAGCUACGCCUCCGUGACCCAACGCCAUUUGGCCUCGCACAUGCUCAUCCACCUGGACGAGAAGCCCUUCCGCUGCGAGCAGUGUCCGCAGGCCUUCCGCCAGAAUCAACUGCUGCGCCGGCACAUAAAUCUCAUGCACAACGAUGAGUAUCAGCCGCCUGUGCCGCGCGCCAAGAUGCACAAGUGUCCCAGCUGCUCGCGGGAGUUCACCCACAAGGGUAAUCUUAUGCGGCACAUGGAGAUGCACGACGAUGCAGCGAAGGCUCGCGAAAAACAGCGCCGCCUCAAGAUGGGCCGAAAUGUGCGUCUGCAGAAGGAUGGAACUGUCAUCACGGUGGUCGGUGAUGAAUUCGUUGACAUAGAUGAGGAGGAAAUUGGAGAUGAGGACAACCCGGAGAGCUAUGACCUGGCCGAAAUCGAGCCAGAGGAUGAAGAAGAUGAAGAUGGUGAAGAAAUCCUACCCACUACAAGGCCCGCACCUGUGAUUAUCAACAAACAGGCCAGGCUGGCGGGCUCCGUGAAGCAGCCCAGGAUUAUCAAUCGUCGCCUUAGAGCUCCCGGCGGCACCAAGACGUUUCACAUAAAAGAGGAGCCCGACAACUCGGACUUCACCGUGGAACUUCAGGGAGAUGACGGCGAGGUGAUGGUCGUGGAGCUGGUCAACGGUGACGAGGAAGUGGUCGUCAAACGUGAGCCGGCCCAGAAAUCGAAUAUUAAUGCCAACAACUGCUUUGGUUUCGAGGAGGACGAAGAUUAUGAAGAUUUCGAGGAACAGGAAAACGGAGUCGAUGGCGCUUCGCAGGAGUUUCUUCAGCUGAUGGACAUGAUUGAGCAGGAUUCUUAGUCUCCUGGAAAAGAAAAAGUAGCGAUAAGUAAUUAAGGCUAACUUAUGUACAUACCAAGGAUACGAUAACGAGAUUCAACGUUAUAUUGUUUUCUAUUUAAAUAAAUAUUCUUAAAUUUAAAAACCUA